GACAUCAGCUGUAACGAGAUCACGGCUCUCCCUCGCCACAUCGGACGACUCAAAGCGCUGCGGGAACUCAACGUCCGCAGAAACCUUCUCUGCGUCCUGCCCGAAGACCUGGCUGCCCUUCCUCUGGUGAAGUUUGACUUCUCCUGUAACAAGGUGUCGACCAUCCCGGUGAGCUACAGGAAGAUGAAACAGCUCCAGUCCCUCCAGUUAGAAAACAACCCACUGCAGAGUCCACCUGCACAGAUCUGUAUAAAAGGGAAAGUUCACAUAUUCAAGUAUCUGAGCAUCGAGGCGUGUCGCAGUGACAAGAUGCCCGACUCUCUGUACCUGCCUGUCAUGGAGCGGCUCAGCCUAUCGCGGCCCACCACCGGCAGGUCAGUCUCUUCUGGGUCAGCAUCGUGGGAAACCUCUCUCGCCUCCUUCAUCUCCGCGGCGCUCCAGCGCGGCGGCCGCCAGGAGCCCGUUACCACGCCACCGGAGCGGUUAGUCCGGUUGGGUUGUGAUGUGGAGCGAUGCUGA